GGGUAGUCGUGAGUCGACGAUCAACUACGCAGAGAACCCUCUCAGUCACUCGAGUAACUUGCGCGAGGAAGUGACAGUCGCGGAUACCUUCGCAAACGGGCCCCACGAGGAGACCGACCCUCUAUCUAAAUCUGUCAAAAAUAUCGAAAAAGCGCGCGCGGGUUCCGACUUAUUUAUUAACGGAUAAUAACGCGAGUGGACUAUUUUGUUUUUGGAUUAACAUACCUCUUUUUUUUUUGAUUUAAUUUUUUGUUUUCAUCGCCGCCUACCCAACUGGUUAUAACAACAACAACAACGCUCCAACACUCCGUAUAAUAAAGAAUAAUAAUAUUUGAGAUAUUUCUAUAUAAUUAUGAUUUUGUUUUAAAUUUGAUUUUGUUGUGCGCGGCAACAAGUAGUGAAUUGCGCCGUCGAGAAUCGAUAAUGCCUGGUUUCGCGACGGUGUUGUUCUUCUUCUUGUGCGGAUCGGGGGAGGCUCCGUCUUCUUCUUCUUCUUCGUCUUCUUCUUUCGUGGCAUGUCGUUAGGCGGUGGCGCGAGUGUGCCGAACCGAGGAGCACCGACGUGCCGAGGUGGUGCCAUGUAGCGGAGCUGUAAUGCCGCGUCGUUGUGUGUGAACCAUGCCACACGUCCCGUCCAGUGGCGGCGAUGAUCUCGGCAGCACCGAUGAGGUUAAGGUGUUCAAGGACGAGGGCGACGGCGAGGACGAAAAGAGAUCCUCGGAGAACCUCACUGAGGAGAAGAGCAGUCUCAUCGACCUCACCGAAUCUGAGGAAAAAUCAGGAGGAAGUUAUUCAACAAGUAAAAAUGUCACCAGACCAGAUCAUAGUCCAGUCUUCGGUAAAGUGGAACCGGGUCCCCAUACAUCCUCGUUCAAUAUGGGAUACCUCGUAUCACCUUACACCUACGCCAAUGGAGCGGCUGGACCCAUACCAGUGUCAAUGGCCGGAAAAAUCGGACUUGGACCGACCGGGCAUCCCGGAGCGGCUUUGCCAUUCUUCUGCCACGCCAAUGGAGACCCAUUGUCACAACCACCACCAGCCCACAUGGGAAUACCACCAUAUCAGUUGGAUGCGAAGGCCGGCUCAAUGGGGCUCAGCAGACCGCCGAUGUACCCAUUCAGCGCGGGGCAGUACCCCUAUCCGAUGCUCAGUCCGGAUAUGUCGCAGGUGGCGGCCUCUUGGCACACGCCGACGAUGUACCCCCUUUCGCCGGGCGCCGGCUUCAGGAGUCCCUACCCGAGCACGUUGCCGAUCUCGACUUCCAGUCUACCUGGAGAUUUCUACAGGUUUUCUCCAACCGGACUGAUACCACCCCAUCCUGGACUUUCACCUCACGGACCUCUACCAUCUCAUCCCGCCAUCGUUACGCCAGGGCCUAAACAAGAAUUACCCGAUCUUAACCAUAGAUAUCAAAGAACACAAGCUGACCAAAAGAACAACAUGGAUUCAAAAAAUAAUUUGGACUCAAAUAACGCAGCCGAUAAAAAGAAACCGCACAUCAAAAAACCUUUAAACGCGUUCAUGCUUUACAUGAAAGAAAUGAGGGCGAAGGUCGUCGCGGAAUGUACCCUUAAAGAAAGCGCGGCCAUCAAUCAAAUCUUAGGAAGAAAGUGGCACUCCCUGAGUCGCGAGGAGCAGGCCAAGUAUUACGAGAAGGCAAGACAAGAGCGCCAACUGCACAUGCAGCUGUACCCAGGCUGGAGCGCUCGAGACAAUUACGGUUACGGCACCAAGAAGAAGAAGCGAAAGAAAGAGCGCACACCCGUCGAGUCGGGAGGAAACAGUAUGAAGAAGUGCAGGGCACGAUACGGUUUGGACCAACAAAAUCAAUGGUGUAAACCUUGCAGACGUAAAAAGAAAUGUAUAAGAUACAUGGAAGCCGGGGACCAUAACGACGGUAACCAAUCGGAUGAUAACCUGGGAAGUUGUGGUAGCAUGGGCGAAGCUCACACUCCACCUGACGAUGACACCGAAAGUCUGAACCAGUCGAUUUCAAGCCCCGGGGGUUUAUCCGCAUUAAGCAGCCUAACAAGUCCUGGUGGCGUUGUUCUGCCAAGUCCUUCAACGAGCGUUGCAAGCCCAUCGGUGAGCGUCUCCAGUCCGUAUAUGCUACAGAGUCCUUUAACGCCCCACGAACCAACGUACGACAAAUUACCGACGGCGCCACCUCCACCUAUACAUCAAGUUGUCGUGGCCGCGCCACCUCGAAAUCCAGUCGGUACGAACCCUCAUGAUAUAAACAAUCCGUUAAGUGUUAAUCAGCUGACAGGACAGUGUGUGAAAAAUGAACCCCCCGAUACUAAUGGUAAAGACAGUACGACGAAAACGUCAACGGCUGCAGCUACUGCACCCCCUCGGUCGAUUAUUAGUGUCACAUAGCGACAUCUUGUGAUUUUAUUUUGAAUUUUAUUAUGAUUUAUUUUUUUUUUUUAAUUUUUUUGGUGGUGGUGCUCUGGCACUUUUUUUAAAAUUUUUUUAUGAGAACUUUAAAAUGAAAGAAAUAAUUCAAAAUUUGAGGAAAAUAAGAAGAAAAUAAAGUUGGAGGAGGAUUAUCUUAAACGAAGUCUCGAAAAAUGAAGUGCACAUAAUUAAAAAAAUAAAUAAGAAGUUUUAUAAAAGUUAUAAAACUUUUUAUUGGGAAAUUUUUUUUUAAUUCAUGUACCAUUAAGACACAAAUUUUUUUAAAAGAACUUUUUUAAAAGUGCCGAGUGCGGUGAUCUCAACUUCGACGAGCUUUAAGCCAGCCGUGCGUUAAAAUAAAAAAAUAACGAGAAAAGAAAUGAAAAAAAUUAAUUAUGAAGAAAAAAGUUAAUUGCGCGUAUAAAUAUAAAUAUUUUUUACUAUGUAACAUAAAUGUCAUUUGCCAAAAUCACGUUAUAUAUAUAUAUUAUACAAAAAAAAUAGAUUAUAUAUAUACAUAUAAAUAUUAUACAUAAAUUUAUUAAG